AUGUCCAAGCCAAAGAACUGGCCCGGCUCGCUACCGUACUUGAAGUCUCCGCAACACUCCAAACACCUCUCGGCUGCCCAGGUCGAAGCCCUCAGCACGAAGCCCUCGGCGAUCUCCGUCAUACCCGCGUCACAGACCUUGGUGCCCUCGCCGAACGUCAAGAUCCAGCAGAUCCGGGACGCUGCUCACCCUGCCGACGGCCAGUACGGGCUAUUCGCGGCGCAAAACCUUAAGCCCGGAAGCUUCAUCCUGCCAUACCUGGGCCGAGUGCACGGCGGGGCGGCACCGUCGUCGUUGGCCGAGAGUGACUACGACUUGUGGUUGGACAAGGAGGCGGACGUGGCGGUGGACGCGGCGAAUGAGGGCAAUGAGGGUCGCUUCGUCAACGACUACCGGGGGGUCAAGGAAAGGGCCAAUGCCGAGUUUGGGACGGCGUGGUGUGAGCGGUGGCAACAGGUUUGCGUGGGUGUCUGGGUCUUGGGCGGGAAGAACAGCAAGGGCAUCAGGAAGGGGGACGAGAUUUUGGUAAGUUACGGCAAGGGUUUCUGGGACGAGCGGAAGGGAGAUGAGCCGGAGGUUGCUGGGGGCUAG